AUGGUCAGUCAAGGUCCAACAUCGCAAUCAACCAAAGCGCGUUUCACUUGUUGGAUUCGAAAUCCCUGGAAAUCGCAGCCACUCCUCGGACACCGCAGCAGAGACGUUCUCCGUGUAGACCCUCCUGUCGCUGCUCGGGAAACCAUCGCCGACGACAGCAACUGCCGUCAAAUCUUGGGGAAAAACCUACAGCCAGUUGUUCACGAAUUCGCAGCGGGACAGUCGUCUCUGGGGUAUUUAUGCGACGUGGACUGGGCAGGACGGCGCGUCUUGGUGGACUUUGUCUGUCAUAACCGUCCGCCCCGGUGGCUGCCCGUUAGGAAAGUCCGUCGGCAUACGCCUGUAUGUACUAACGAGAUCCGCCCGCAUAUUCCGGUAGAAGUCGCAUUGCGGCCAAACUCCAACCAGCCCUUCGUAUUCCAACCGGCGCAAAUUAUUUUUCCCGCGGCUAGGGAUAGCUGCGGCAAUUUCGGUCCAAUAUGUGUGGAAACGACGUGCUCGGGCAGCAUUGGCCUCAUUCGGAAAUUCGUCCAUCCAGUCCAGGUGCGCAUUGUGCCGACCGAUCCGGAAAAUCACCAGGACACAGAUGAGUCGUUUUCCUUUGCCGAAUACGGCCGUCUGCUGCAGAGGCAAACGGCGUCUCUCGACUGCUGGCAGGAUGCGGCAAAUAUUGAUUUACGGCAUUUGUUGAGAAGGUUGAACGAAAUUUCCUGGAUGAAAGUUUUGCGGAUAUGGUUGGACACCGAAGGCAUCCAUUGUAUUUAUAUAAACAAACCGGGCGUUUUUGUUCAGUUGAAGCUGGAAUAUCUGGUGCAGAGGUCCAGGUCAGUUGAACGCGGACCACCUCCGGAUUCCGAAAACACUGACACUACUUUCGACCGUUCCGUGACCCUGGGAACGCUGCCAUAUGAACUGCACGAAUGGAUUGUGCUGGAAAUAAAAGACAUUCACAGCGUCUUUAGUGCUCAAAAGGUUUGCAAGACCUGGCACGACAUUCUAAAUGGUCGCCGCGGCAACCAGCACGUAGCUGUCGACCUGACCAACCUGCUGCUCGAUGGUCCAAACGAGCGGGAGCGAAAGUAUAGUCGCACUCAUCUGCUUAAUGACCUCGAUAACGCCGUAACAACGGCCACCGUGUCGCUGACGCUGAUGAACGGCAAUCUAAGUCCGGAACUGGAUCUCUACGUCUUCCAGUUUCUGUCCAUUAAGGUCACACGUCUACCGAUAGUCGUUCUAAGGAAUGUUCGAUGCUUUCGCGCCGUGGCGCAGAAUGUCGAGAAGCAGCGGUUAGAAUGGGCCAACCUCAGUUACUUGAUGCAGGCUUGCCAAGUACUGCAUUUGCGUAACGUCACGAUCCCAACCGUUUUCGGGCCCAUUGCCGGGUUGUGGUGCGCCCCGGCCGGAUUCCGGGAGGAUGUUGAUAUUGUCGUAAAGAAGGCCGCGCUGUACAACAAGUUCAGUGCAACCGAACGCUUGAGGCAGUUCCUCCAGGUCUUGAACGCUGGCUGCCCUGACCUGUCCGCACUGGAAACGAACAAUAUUGACGAGGCUUGUCGUGAGAUAAUCAUGCGUCCCGAGCAUUCUUUAUGCAGCCGGCUGUUGCUCAUGCUUACUUUGCUGAAUGAACCACUAACCGGGCAGCUGCAGCCACCAUUGUGCAGUCUCGCCGCCCUUGCCUUCCGCUACUCGUAUCCCAUGAAGACGGCCUCCAGAUCCUGCAGCCGGCAUCAAGCCCGCGCCAUCUCACGUGACCCGCCUCGCAUGGACGGCGUCUGGGAUAUACCGGAGCGCUCGCUGGAUCAUGGAGUGUUUCGCGAAAUGUUUGAGCAACAUACUCUGAAAUUUAUUCGUACCGAGCUGGACGCUAUCCAGCGCACCGACGCGGCCACAGUGAUCAAAGAGAUGGUCAAGAACAUUCAACAUUCCCAUGACGACGCGGAUGUUCUAUGGGUGCACUUUCGAUUAUGCGAAGUUUCUGGUCCUGGACACUGUUGA